GCUCCACUUCGCUGCUUGUGGAUUAUAUUUCUGUUUCACCUGCCGCUGAACUCACAGGAUCUGACCAAUGAGGGCCCUGGGGUUCUGGUGGGUGGCGGCCUUGCUGGGGCUCGCUGCGCUGGGAUUGGAGGGCCGUCCGAGCCUGGACGAGUUUGCGGCUCCGCAGUAUCGACCGACGGUCAGAUUCCGCCACAAGGAUGGGAUUGUUGAGAGCUUACGGAUAAAGGGUGUGUUUGGCCGUGCUGGCGGGAGUGGUGUGUGUGAGCACAAGUACUGUGGACUGGGCCGCCACUGUGUGGUGGACGCGGGGUCGGGUCAGGGCGAGUGUGUGUGUCUGGAGCGCUGUAAGCCGCACUACAAACCCGUGUGUGGAUCAGACGGCCGACUCUACCAGAACCACUGUGAGCUGCACCGAGCAUCCUGCUCCUCACACCAGCACAUCACCAUCAUGCACAGCGACGAGUGCUUCUACAAGGAUGAUAGCUGUCGUCUGGGCGACUACAAGAAGCUGAAGAGUAAGAUGGCGGAGCUGCACGACCGGCGCUACAUGGCUCCUGGUCACCGUGGAGAUUACCGUGACGACAUGGCGCUGCGCCAGCGUCUGGUGGACCUGAUGUUCAAACGCUUCGACGCCGACGGCAACGGCCGCGUGGACAGUAGUGAGCUCUCACAGGUGAUUAAGCAGGAGGGUCUGACCAAGUCAGCGUCCGACUGCACGCUGUUUGACCUUCUCAAAUACAACGACGAGGACAACGACGAACAUCUCACCAAAGAACAUCUCACCAAAGAAGAGUUCUACACGGCAUUCGAUGUGUUCCAGCUUGUCCUGCCUGAUGACCAGAAGCUGAGUGUCUCCACGGUAACCGUUGGCCAGAGUGCAGUUCUGACAUGCGGCAUUCUGGGAGAACGCCGUCCACCAAUCAUCUGGAGACGCAACGGCCAGGCGCUCAACACUCUGGAGCUGGAGGACAUCAACGAUUUUGGUGACGACGGGUCGCUGUACAUCACCAAGGUUACCACCACACACAUGGGCAACUACAGCUGCCACGCCGACGGAUACCAGAAGCUCUCACAGAUACACACACUCCAGGUCAACGUGCCCCCGGUGAUCAGGGUGCACCCGGAGAGCCAGGCGCGGGAGCCGGGCGUCACUGCCAGCCUGCGGUGCCACGCAGAGGGCAUCCCUCACCCACAGCUGGCAUGGCUCAAGAACGGCAUGGACAUCACCACCAAGCUCUCCAAGCAGCUCACGCUACAAGCUAACGGCAGUGAGGUGCACGUCAGCAACGUGCACUUUGAGGACACCGGAGCGUACACCUGCAUCGCCAAGAACGAGGCGGGAGUGGACGAGGACAUCUCCUCUCUGUUUGUGGAGGACUCCGCUCGCAAGACACUUGCAAACAUCCUGUGGAGGGAAGAAGGUCUGGGCAUCGGGAACAUGUUUUACGUGUUCUAUGAGGACGGCGUGAAGGUCAUCCAGCCAGUGGCCUGUGAGAUCCAGAGACACAUCAAACCCAGUGAGAAGCUGCUGGGCCGACAGGAGGAGGUGUGCCCACGACAGGAGGGGGAAGAGCAGCAGAAGUGUGUGUGGUCAUCGGCGGUCAACGUGAAGAACAAGUUCAUCUACGCCACACAGCCCCUCCUGAACAGAGUGCUCAUCGUGGACAUCCAAUCACAGAAGGCCGUCCAGACGGUGGCUACUGACGCGGUGCCGGUGAAGCUGCACUUUGAUAAAUCCCACGACCAGGUCUGGGUGCUGAGCUGGGGAGACCUGCAGAAGAGCUCUCCUACCCUACAGGUGAUUGGCCAGGCCAGCGCUGGCUCCUCCCACCACACGGUGCACACGCAGCCGGUUGGUCAACACUUCGACCGUGUGGAGGACUUCUACAUCCCCCCCACCAGCCUGCUCAUCAGCCACGUCAGGUUCGGGAUGGUCCUGCAUAAGAGUGAGCCGGUGCUGCACAAGCUGGACCUGGCGAGCGCGUCGUACGUCCAGAACAUCAGCCUGGCCGAGCACGAGUGUGUGCCGCGCGCGCUGGCCUACACACACCUGGGCGGCUACUACUUCAUCAGUUGCCACGACGACGACGACGACGGCGCGGGCGGCCGGCGCCCCCAGCUGGUGCUGGACAGCGUGACGGACCGCGUGAUCGGCCUCAACGGCGACGUGAGCGGAACCCCGUACGUGUCGCCGGACGGCCGGCACCUGGUCACCGUGGACGACCGCGGCGGGAUGCUGCGCGUGCAGGAGGUGUCCGAGCGCGGCGGUCAGAUCGGGCCGCCGUUCGACGUGCACACCAACCUGCAGCUGUCGGACGUGGCCUUCCUGCCCAGCUUCACCGUGGGCGGUCAGUACAACGCGUUCGGCAGCUCCGGCCGCCAGACGGACGCCCUGGUGGUGGAACUGCGCUCCGGAACCGUCAAGAUGAUCAAGAGCCUGCGGGAGCCGGCGGCGGCGGACCAGUGGCGCUGGGGGGGGCAGAACCGCGUCAUGGUGUCCAGCGGAAUGUUCGGACAGCACCUCGUGAGCCCGGCCCAGCGCUCGCUGCUCAUCCUGGACGGACGGCUGGACAAGCUCAACUGCGAGAUCACGGAGGUGCCGGGAGGGAACACCGUGGUGUGGGUGGGGGAGCCGUGACCCCCCCGCGACC